AUGAUGGUCGAUGAUAAAGCCAUCUACACGAUCUCUGACGUUGGACGAGUUAUUAGAGUAUGGAACAAAAGAAAUGGUGCAUUACUAUGGCAGAAGUCUAUUGGCGAGAUAGCUGAAACCAGUGCGCAACUUAGCCUUGUUUUGACCGAACAGUCGCUCGUAGUUGCCAAUUCGAGAACACUUUUCUGCUUUUCAAAAAAUGGUGGCAUAAAAUGGAGCGUAGGUGUUCAAGACAGUCAAUGGUCGAGAAUUAGCGUCUUAAAAGAAGUUGUACACCAUCUAUCCAUCUCAAACGGCGUUCUCACUGUUAGGGAUAUUUUACUGAGUACGGGUGAAGCUAAAACGCCUAAAUCAGUUGUUAUCAAAUCUACUUCAUGGGAAAAGUGCAUAGUAGCCCAAGGUUUGGUAAUAUGUGCUCUCAACGACUCGCUGUUUUCGGUGGAUUUUACGUCUUCAACUUUAGAUGUUUCAGAAAAGGCAAUUGGAGAAAACAUAAGGUCUAUUAGUGUGUUAGAUGAGCGUCGUUUUCUGGUGAAGUGUGCCACUUCUGCUCUAAUUUUUGCCGUGUCUAAGAACGCCUUUGAUAAGGCGAGUUCUAUACGUGUAUCUUAUCUUGCUUGUGCCAUUUGCAAUCAGCCUUAUGCCAUUUGCAAUCAGCACCAUAUUCCUGUUUUUCAAUUAAGGUUUCCACCACGUUGGAUCGUAAGUUAGGGAGUUUCUCCCGUUACC